AUAACGAUUGUGAUAUAAUGAAUCAACAAACACGUAACCUCAUUUUUCUACUCUCAUUAACGAAAUCUUUAUUACGAAAUAACCCUUACUACAAAAUAGUAUGGCUAUUCAUGAAAUACGCGCGACGAAAAUUUGAUAGAUUAAUGAACAAUCAACAACUCAUUAGCCCCGUGCCUGACGAAAUUCUCGAAAGAGUCGUUGAGCAAAAUAAUGACAAUGACAAUCCAGGUUACGAGUGUUGUGCAUUGGCAAGUUGUACAGAUAUUGCAAUAAAAGGUUGGCAAAUCAUUUGUUCCAAUGUAUCUCAAAAAAAGUACAAAAUCUUUGUCAUUCCUUGUGACAAUUGGCCGAACAAAGGAGUUUUUGUAUCUGAAACAAUGAAACACAACAUAGAACAAAAAUUGGGGCACAAGCUCAAAGAGCAAUCAUAUUUUGUAAUGCCGAUUAAAGAUGAAACGAUUCUUAUUGCAACAGAGGCAAAUGUUUCGUUAGUUUCUGAUGUGCAUGGAAAUUCCACAGAAUUUGUGGAUUCUCUGCUAAAGACGUACUUCAAAGUUCCUCGAUAUAUGAAAAUUGGGGAUCUAUUUGUCGUGGACUCAAAAAAAUAUGCACCAGAUGAUUUUUAUUCAGGCAAAAAUUAUCCUUUCAAAGUCCACUUCAGGGUCAAUGCUCUGAAGGUUAAAAAUGGAAACACCGUGGAAAGAAUUCACGAAGCUUAUCUAGUCCAGGAGAAUACCACCCUUAUGCAAUCACCAAACGCUUUCUCUUAUCGUCCUCGGGAAGUUUUAGAACGUCCUAAAUUUCAGUCAGGCUUGCCUGUUGAUCUUUGUAUAGAAAUUUCUUCCGCUGCCAAUUGUCCACCAUUUUUGCAAACGAAACUCAAAGUUCUCUCCGAAUGUACUUUGCCGUUCAUUCAGAAAGAUAAGAAAUUGAAGAUUCGUCCUGUUUUUCUUGUCAAGGGUGCCCCAGGGAGCGGGAAAUUCAAGCUCAUCGAAUGUAUGGCAAAAAGGAACGGUUUUAAUCUCGUGAACGUAGAUUUCUCAGAAAUACAAUGUUCAUCAGCAGCCCAAACGGAAGCAAAGCUCCGCAUCGUUUUACAAAAUGCUCGAUCAAGCGUGCCUUGUAUUUUGAGAUUGAGCAACAUUCAGAUUUUCGGGAAAAAUGCGGAAGGCAAAAAAGACGAGAGAAUCAUCAGCGCGUUUGCCUUAGAGCUUGAGAAGUUGGCCGAUUCUGAAUCGGAGUUUCCAGUCAUCAUUAUCGCGACAUUGGAAAAUGAUGAGCUCGAGGCCGAUGUCGAAAGAUUGUUCAUCGAAACAAUUAGCAUUGAACAUCCGAACAAAAUGGAAAGAGCUGAAAUGCUAUCCUGGUUGCUCAAAACCAAAGGACUUUUGUACCAAGGAAAUUUAAUUACAAUUGCAGGAUCAGUAUCGGAUUUUGAGUUCGCUGAUCUCGAAGCACUUGUUUUGCAAAGUGUGAAAAUUGCGUAUCAAUCUUUGCCAGUGGAAGAGCGAGGCAGCCGUUUGACUUUGAACGAAGAUCAUUUUCUUCAAGCUUGCGAAUUGAUGCAAAGCGCGUUUUCCGACCGAGUCGGUGCUCCACGAAUACCGAAAGUUUAUUGGGAGGAUAUCGGAGGUUUGGCCAAUUUGAAACACGAGAUAAAACGUCGAAUCGAAUUACCGAUGUUGAACACAAUGGGCCUUGGAAGAUCCGGCAUUUUAUUGCACGGUCCUCCCGGCACAGGAAAAACUCUACUGGCCAAAGCCGUCGCCACGGAAUGUCAACUUCAUUUCAUGUCUGUCAAAGGACCCGAAUUAUUGAACAUGUACGUUGGCCAAAGCGAGAAAAAUAUCAGACAAGUUUUCGAGAGAGCUCGAGCCGCGGCUCCUUGCGUAAUAUUUUUCGACGAAUUGGAUUCGCUAGCUCCAAAUCGUGGUCGGAGCGGUGACAGCGGCGGCGUGAUGGAUCGAGUCGUAUCGCAGUUACUCGCCGAAAUGGACGGUUUGGAGAGCGCGGGAAGCAUAUUCAUAAUCGGGGCGACGAAUCGUUUCGAUUUGAUAGACCCGGCGUUGCUGAGGCCGGGUAGAUUCGACAAAAUGCUUUACGUCGGUGUUUAUAACGAUCGGGAUUCCCAGCUGAGUGUACUGCGGGCGGUGACCCGUCGUUUUCGGCUGAAAAAUAACGGGGACGAAUUAGAAGAGAUCGUUGAUAAAUUGCCGAAAAAUUUGACCGGAGCUGAUCUCUACGCUGUUUGUUCGGACGCAUGGCUCUUAGCGGUGCGUCGAUACUUCAAAAAUCUUGAAAGCGUCGACACCGAUGAGAUUGCGAAGCAAGAGCUCGCUGAGGAUGGCUGCAGAAAUGGUGUAAUCGUCGAGCUCGAGGAUUUCUUGGAUGCUGCAAAAAAUCUUGCCCCCUCUUUAAGCGCCGCAGAAUUGGCGCACUACGAAAAACUCGGAAUGGAAUUUUCUUCGGCCAGAUAACGACAGCGGCGUUAUUAACAAUAUCAGCAACGAUAAAUAUAAAGAAAAUCGGAAAAAGUAUUGCCCAGUAUGCCGCAACAAUUUUCUUCUUGAAAGCUCGCUCAGGGAGAAUCCAAUAAUUUUCCAUUUGACUGAGAAAUCGUCGUUCUCAAUCCUCGCGAUACCGCAAUCCAACAUGUGAACUUUGAAUGACUGAUUAUAAAAGUUGUUACGUUUUUUUUAAUCUUACAGUAUCGAUUGAGCCGGACCUUCUCUAUCUUUAGAUUUGUAAUGUCACAAGUCCUGUCGCUUUUGCACGUGAUCGUGCUCAACGAUACACGGAUAUAUUUUUCACGGUAAAAACAUGAAACGCAGUUAAAAACAGCAUGCUUCGUAUGCUCUGAAAUUUAAUGAUUGCCGAAUCGCCGUUAUUAUACACGGAAAUAUCAAAUUAAUUCAUCGCUUUUUCUCCUUUUUUUAUCAAAAAGCGUUUUCCACUCAUCCACGAGGACGGGAUUUUCUUUCAACCACUCGUUGGAAAAUCCCGGUUCCACUUGAAAAAUAAAACUAUCCGAUGUUGAUCUUCAGUCGCCGGAUAUUUUCGGAUAAUUAUUUGAUUUUUUUGUGAUAUUUCUCUGCGAUUUCAAUCGACGACGUCGAUAAGUGGCUUUCAAAUGAUUAACUGAUAAUAUUUUGAACGAUAAAAAUGUAUUGCGGUAUCGUAAAAGGAGAAGGUCGUACUUUUUGAAGAUCAAUCAUAACUGUCAAAACUUUUGUCAUACUUAUGUAGAAAAAUCUAGGAUGAAUCGAGAACUGAGCAAUCAAACUUUAAGAAUUAAGAGAGCAGAACGUUGAAGCGAAUUUGCCUCAUUGAACCGAUACUUUGACAAUUUUUUAGCCUCUUCUCAACGUGCCAAUUGAACCAAUGAAUUUUUUAACAAUUUUUUCACGAAACGCAAAUGAGAAAGCACAAAAAGGCAGCUAAACUGUUUAUGUAUGAAUACAGUCAAUUUUCCAUCGUUCCAAGUCAAUAUUUCGAGCAAUUAUUUUCGGAUUUUCAUGCUCAGUUUCUCUCCUCUCGUAUGAAUGUUGCGGAAGGUAUUUUAAUAUUUUAUAUAAAUUGUUAUCUGGAGCGAGUGGGAUAAAGAAAGAUGGUCGAUCGGUCCGAUAUUGUAAAAUAAAUAAUUACGUUUUUAUUAUCAUUAAAAAAUCGAGAUUAUGUUUAACAGUA